ACUUAAGCGAGAAUUACACACUAUGGACAGUCCCGACCAGUCGAAGCAAGCUCUUGAGGGUCCUCAACUCUACAUCGACGCUCAGGAACACAGAGAUGAGGGCAAGGGCAAGGAAAAGGCCAACGGCACAAACACAUUCACUCUUAACGCCGGUCAGCUCUUCAAAAUCCUCUUCUACGCCCUCGAAGACGAACAAGACACCACCCCCUUCGAGCUCAAGUACCUCAGCGACUUUGCUGUCCACGACAUGCACAAGAAAGACGAAGUCAUCCCCAUCGAAGACGAAGACUUGGAGAUCAUGAAGGAAUGGUCUGUCAAGUACGACGUCUCUGCUUCCGUCAGAAGUGUUCGCGCUGUUCUGGCCGCUCAGGAGAGAAAGAAGAUCAAUAAGCUGUACCAUCAAAGAUUGAUUGAGUGGAUCUAUGAGGAUUUGGAGGGUCUUCGUCACAACAUCAAGGAGGAGACUGGAGAUGCUGAUGGAAGUUAUGAGAAGCGCUUCCACAAGCUUUCGAUUCUUACUCUUGAGCUUGCUAGGUGCGAUGUUUCCUCGGACCCUGACGCUGAUGGCAAGACUGAAGUUCAGAAGCAGGAUGAAGUCCGCGAGCAUGCGGAUAUUCAUGGAGAGACUGGUGCCACCGAGCGUGCCAUCGUUUCUUGAAGUCCCGUCGUCGAACAGCUGAGGUCCAAGUCAGGAACAAAUAAUGCGGUGUUGAAGGAGACUCAGCCGGACACAGCUCUGAAUACAACUAGAGAGGUGGAGAGAGUCCUGACCUAUUGCUCCUCAUCGUAGAACGCUUUAUACAAGGAGAGAAAUGCGAUGAUUAGGGUUAAGGCACAUCAUCUCCUUGGAAAGCGAUUCAUAGUAAUGUCCUACGAGUGUAUAUGAUCAGUCAUCCUGCCUCCAAUAACGAGCGUAUUUAUUGCUAAAGCUCUGUUUCAC